UAACAUUUAGUUGUUUCUUGCUUGUAGCAAAGAACAAUGGGCAAAAGAAAAUAUCCAAGUUUAGCUUACUUCCUUUUACUGCUCCUACAAGCACCUUUUGUAUUAACUUCAACACAAGUUAACAAGACUGUGUGUAUAGAAAAGGAGAGAGAUGCCCUUCUUGAGUUCAAAAGAGACCUUAAUGAUUAUUUUGGUCAAUUAUCAACAUGGGGUGAUAAAAAAGAAUGCUGCAAAUGGAAAGGUAUUGAAUGUAACAAAACAACUGGUCAUGUAAUUGUUCUUGAUCUUCAUAAUGCCUUUACUUGUUCUGCUAGUGCUUGUUUUGCUCCAAGAUUGACAGGUAAACUUAGUCCUUCUCUACUUGAGUUGGAGUAUUUGAAUUUCUUGGACCUUAGUAUGAAUGAAUUUGAAAGAAGUGAAAUACCAAGAUUCAUAUGCUCCUUUAAGAGACUAGAGUACUUGAACCUCUCAUCUUCCUUUUUUUCUGGUUUAAUUCCUACACAGUUCAAGAAUCUAACUUCAUUGAGGAUUCUUGAUCUUGGAUAUAAUAAUCUUAUAGUAAAGGACCUUAGAUGGCUUUCUCAUCUCACUUCUCUAGAGUUAUUGAGUCUAGGUGGUAGUGACUUCCAAGUAAAGAAUUGGUUUCAAAAGAUAACUAAGCUCCCUUUAUUGAAAGAACUUGACUUGAGUCUUUGUGGACUCUCUAAAUUAGUUCCAUCUCCUGCUGAAAUAGCCAAUUCUUCUUUGAUCUCUCUUUCUGUUCUUCAUUUAUGUUGUAAUGAGUUUUCUUCUUCAGCUAAAUAUAGCUGGUUAUUCAAUUUUAGCACAAGCUUAACUAGCAUAGACCUCUCCAAUAAUCAGCUCGACGGUCAAAUUGAUGAUCGAUUUGGGAACUUGAUGUAUCUUGAACAUCUUAAUCUUGCAAAUGAGCUUAAUCUUAAAGGUGGGAUUCCAAGUUCUUUUGGCAAUUUGACACGUUUACGUUAUCUGGACAUGUCUAACACUCGGACAUACCAAUGGCUUCCUGAGUUGUUUCUCAGGUUAUCAGGCAGUAGGAAAACACUUGAGGUUUUGGGGUUGAAUGACAACUCAAUGUUUGGUUCAUUGGUUAAUGUCACAAGAUUUUCAGCCUUAAAAAGAUUAUACCUGCAGAAAAAUGUUCUGAAUGGUUUUUUCAUGGAAAGAUUUGGACAAGUUUCGAGCCUUGAGUAUCUAGACUUGUCUGAUAACCAAAUGAGAGGGCCAUUACCAGAUUUAGCAUUGUUUCCAUCAUUGAGAGAGUUGCAUCUCGGAUCUAAUCACUUCAAUGGGAGGAUACCACAAGGUAUUGGAAAACUUUCACAGCUUAAAAUUUUGGACGUCUCGUCCAAUAGGCUGGAAGGAUUACCAGAAAGCAUGGGGCAACUAUCGAACCUGGAAAGUUUUGAUGCCUCUUACAAUGUCCUGAAGGGUACAAUCACUGAGUCCCACCUUUCAAACCUCUCCAGUUUAGUGGAUUUGGACUUAUCGUUCAACUCGUUGGCUUUGAAGACGAGCUUCGGUUGGCUUCCUCCUUUUCAGCUUCAAGUUAUAAGCCUUCCAUCUUGCAAUUUGGGACCUUCUUUCCCCAAGUGGCUUCAAAGUCAAAACAACUAUACUGUUCUUGAUAUCUCUCUUGCAAAUAUUUCAGACACGCUUCCAAGUUGGUUCUCAGGUUUACCUCCCGAUAUAAAGAUUUUGAAUCUCUCCAACAACCAAAUCAGUGGAAGAGUGUCUGACUUAAUAGAGAAUACAUAUGAUUACAUGGUUAUAGAUUUAAGCUCUAACAACUUUUCAGGACCUUUGCCAUUAGUUCCGACCAAUGUGCAAAUAUUUUACCUGCACAAAAAUCAGUUUUUCGGAUCCAUCUCUUCCAUUUGUAAGAGUACAACAGGAGCCACUUCCCUUGACCUAUCACACAACCAAUUCUCAGGAGAGCUUCCUGAUUGUUGGAUGAAUGCGACUAAUCUAGCUGUUCUUAAUCUAGCCUAUAACAAUUUCUCUGGAAAACUUCCAGAGUCAUUAGGCUCCUUGACAAAUUUAAAGGCGUUAUACAUGCGCCAGAACAGUUUUAGUGGAAUGUUGCCUUCUUUUUCACAAUGUCAGUCGUUGCAAAUCUUGGAUCUUGGAGGGAAUAAGCUGACAGGAAGAAUCCCAGCAUGGAUAGGGAUUGACCUACUCAACUUGCGCAUUCUAAGCCUGCGGAUCAACAAAUUCUAUGGCAGCAUUCCAUCGAUCAUUUGUCAGCUUCAGUUUCUUCAGAUACUGGACCUUUCAGCAAAUGGAUUAUCUGGGAAAAUUCCACAAUGCUUCAAUAAUUUUACCUUACUGCAUCAAGAAAAUGGUUUGGGUGAGCCAAUGGGAUUUGAAGUUCAAGGUUUCUAUGGCAAAUAUCCUCGACCCUACUCGUACCUAGGCAAUUUAUUGGUUCAAUGGAAAAACCAGGAGGCUGAGUACAAGAAUCCUUUAACAUAUCUGAAGACUAUUGAUCUUUCAAGUAACAAGUUGGUUGGAGGUAUCCCUAAAGAAAUCGCUGAAAUGAGAGGAUUGAAAUCUUUGAACCUUUCAAGAAAUGAUCUGAAUGGAAGUAUCAUUGAAGGAAUAGGUCAAAUGAUGAUGUUGGAGUCACUUGACAUGUCAAGAAACCAGCUUUCCGGUGUGAUUCCUAAAGGCCUUGCUAACUUGACUUUUAUUGGUGUAUUGGACUUGUCAAACAACCACUUAUCAGGGAGAAUUCCAUCAAGCACUCAACUCCAAACUUUUGAGACAUCAUCCUACAGUGGUAACGCUCAACUCUGCGGUCCUCCUCUUCAAGAAUGUCCCGGAUAUGCUCCUCCUAGUCCCCAUAUUGAUCAUAGUAGCAACAUGAAUCCUCAAGAACAUGGUGAGGAUGUGGAGUUUCCAUCUAUGGAGUUUUAUAUAUCAAUGGUGUUUGGUUUCUUUCUUGCAUUUUGGGGAAUCUUGGGCUGUUUAAUUGUCAACCCUUCUUGGAGGAAUGCCUAUUUCACAUUCUUAGCGGACAUGGUGAGUUGGCUUGAUAUGAUAUCAAGAAUCUGUUGUUCAAGACUGAAGGGAAAGCUGAGGGCCUGAUAACUGUAAAGUUUCUAUGUACUAGUUUACUUUCAAGAGGUAACUUGUUUUCUGUAUUUUUUUCCUCCAUUUCCUACUCUUGUUGUGAUUUUGAAGCUACCCAAAUACUGAAAUUUGUGAAUGUUGACUAGAAUAAUGUUAGUGAUAGAAUUCUACGACAAAAUUUUGGGUGUUUUUGAACGGAAACAGAAGUGAUCCUUGAUACAGACGACAAAGUCAUAUCGUCCCAAAUGAAUCAAAAUGUACCAAAGUUUAGCAGUGAAAAAUGUUCCCUUUGAUAGUUAUUAUAUUUGG